AUGUCGUUAUAUCCAUCUCUCGAAGAUAUGAAAGUUGAUCAGACUAUUCGUGCACAAAUAAGUGCAUUUGAUGCCAUCGCCCAGCAACAGAUCUUAAAUUCAUCUGGAGUUCCAUCUGCACCGCCUUUACACUCACAUUCACCAAUUAAUUCACCAGUCUAUCCUGAUCUCAUUGAUUAUAUGGGCUUAGAAUUAUCACAAGAUGUCAUUGCUGCAAAUAUGCCAGAGUAUCUUCGAAAUGGCAAUCAACAAUUAACAACAUAUGUAGCUCCAUCAAUGCCAAAUAAUAUGUUAGCUCCGUUAAGUGGAAAUUCACUUGGAUUAGCCAGAGCAGGAGCAUCAACAAAUGGAAUUCGUGAAUUAAUUUUGUGUAAAGGACAAGACGGUAAAGUUGGAUUACGUGCACAAGGAAUUAACAAAGGAGUUUUUGUAUGCAUGGUCAUUAAGAGUUCUCCAGCAGCAUUAGCUGGUCUCAGAUUUGGUGAUCAAAUUCUUCAGAUUAAUGGAACAACAGUUGCAGGAUAUUCAGUCGAUGAUGUCCACAAAUUAUUAAGAAAAUCAAAUGCCAAUAACAUUUCAGUUGUUAUUCGCGAUCGACCUUUCGAGAGAACUGUGACUUUACAUAAAGAUAGCACCGGCUGUGUUGGAUUUCAAUUCAAAAAUGGAAAAAUCGUAACAAUUGUCAAGGACUCAUCGGCUGCAAGAAACGGACUACUUAUCGAUCAUCAAUUAUUGGAAGUUGAUGGACAGAAUGUGAUUGGAAUGAAAGACAAGGAAAUUACAAAGAUUAUCCAGACAGCUGAUCGAGUAGUGACUAUCACAAUAAUGCCAACAUUCCUAUAUGAUCACAUGAUAAAGAAAUUAACAUCAUCAUUCAUCAAAGAUAAAAUGGAUCAUUCAGUUCCAGAUUUCUAA